AUGGUUGUCGUAAAGAACAGCUUUGACGACAAAGAAAGAGGUUUCGAUGUUGCACACGAUGCUCGAUGGACACAAAGCGCCGCCGUGCACACGGAAUUCGUGAAUAAUAUUUGCCGAGAUGGAGCGCACUGGCACACCGGUGGUGGCGACGGUGGUGGCGGUGGCGGUGGCGGUGGCGGUGGCGGCGGUGGCGGCGGUGACGGCGGCGGUGCGGAGACUUUGUUGAAUGGUUUCUUUCAUUCUUAA